GUACAAAAUAAUUCAUCAAAUAUUUCCUUGCAACAAAUCAAUCAAUUAAAAAUCAAAAGUUGUUGUCCCACUUUCUUUUCGUCAAUAUAUAGAGACACGCCUAUACUGUAAUGCCGAAGCUUAUUCUAAACGUCAACAUGGCUGGUUCAGUUAGUAAAGAGUGCGUGACAAGUCUUAUAAUGUUCUUUUUCACAUGGUCUCUCUGUGCAACUUCAAAUGAUCUGCUUAGCUGCGACCCAGAAGAAUCCUCUUCCUCCUCCUCAGCUAGCUACGUUUGCCACUCAAACCUCCAAAAGUGCCGCACUUUCGCCACUCUAAGAGCCAAUUCUCCCUUGAGGGGCCAUUUUAUCCCGAUUGACUGCACAUGUAAUGGAAGGUUCUACGAGGCUCAUCUGUUCAAAACUUGCGUUAAAGGCGACACCUUUCGCCCUGUCGCUGCAUCCCUACAAGGCCAGCUGACCACGUGCCUGUCUUUAAGAGACGAGGUUUCGGAGGAGAGCCUGGACGAGAAGGUUAAGUUGCGGUUGGGGGUCAAGUGUUCAUGUCCAGAAGAAGGCGCCACCAGGUUUCUCGUUACAUAUCCGGUGAGUGAGGGCGAAAGCGUUUCAAGCUUGGCAGACAAGUUCAACACAACAGAGGAUGCUAUUGUGUCUGCAAACAACAAUUCUGGAGUGGUUCCACGCACCCCUGCUCUCAUACCUCUUGAUCAUAAACCACAGAACACCACCCCGAGUCGCCAGAAGAAAAAGCGGUCAAAGAUGAAGAUCGCUGUGAUCAGCGCGAUUGCUGGAGUUAUGGGUCUUAUCACUCUGAUGGUGUUGGGUUACUUGCACUGGAAGAAAGAGACGCGUCUGCAAAGCUGGAUAAGCAAUAAAGACCCAGAGACGCGGCAGCUGAGCCUGAGCAUCCGAACCACCAGUGACAAGAAAAUCUCCUUUGAAGGGUCACAGGAGUUGGAUUCGGUUGUUGUUGUUGGCACCACAACUCCCCGAAAGCCCGUUGUGGAGAUUUACGCGUUGGAGGAGCUGGAGAAAGCCACUGAGAAUUUCAGCUCAAGCAAUCACAUCAAAGGUUCCGUUUAUUUCGGUUCUCUCAAAGGCAAAGACUUGGCUAUCAAGCAAGUGAGCGCCGGUGUAAUGAAAAGAUUCGACUUGGGGCUUCUCAACGAUCAGUCACACUACUACAGUCACAACCUGAUGAGGGUUCUUGGGACAUGUUUCAGAGAAUCCCCGCCGGAUGAGGGUGCUUCUUAUCUGGUUUUCGAGUACGCAAAGAAUGGGUCUUUGUGGGAUUGGCUCCAGAACAAAUUGGCCAUCAAGAAUCAAUUCAUCGAGUCUUGUUACUGUUUCUUGGCAUGGAAACAGAGGAUCAAGAUCUGCCACGAUGUCGCCAUCGCCUUAAAGUUUAUGCAUCGGAUUAACUAUGUUCACGGCAACAUCACGAGUAGGAACAUUUUCUUGAAUGAAGAUCUUAGAGGUAAAGUCGGAAACUUUGGCAUGUCGUCAAAGGAUGACAACAUUGGUUCUUCCAUGUCUCCAGCUACUGACGUCUUCUCUUACGGGAUCAUCGUAAUGGAGGUUUUGUCUGGACAAACCUCAGAGAUGCUGCUUGGACCGCAAGAACAAGAAGAAGAAGAAGAAAAUAGGGUUAAUCCCGAGUGGAAGAGACUGAGAGAGUCGUUUAUGAUGGGGGAGAAGGAAAUGCUAAGGGAAGUGAUGGAUAGCACGCUGGGGGAGAGCUAUUCAGUUGAUUCUGCCUAUGAAAUGGCAAGACUUGCAACAGACUGUACUGCUGAAGAAGCAGAGCUAAGGCCGAGCGCGGCUGAGAUUGUAGAGAGGGUUUCGAGAUUGGUGGAUGAAGAAGAAGACGAGGCAGUCUUAAUAGAGAGAGAUAAUACCAUUUCAGAGAGUUCUUACAAGCCUUUGGUGGAAAACUAUUGACAAGAACAAGUCUUCCCGAGGAACCUUAUUAUCUCAACCUGCUGACAACAAACUGCCUGACCCUUAACUUGGCAGAGAUCUGGGUUCCUUGACAGACUUAUAAAAAAUUUCCUGAGAGAUCACAUCUCCAAUGCUGGGGGAUCUGGAGAUGAUGAGAUUGAGAUUGACAUUAAUGAUCUCAGUCAUGAUGCCUUGUUCCAGUUGCGGGAUCUCUUGGAUGAGUUUUUACAAGAAACCCAGAGCAAAUAUUCAAAUGGUGGUGAACCCUGUGAUGAGUUAGAGCUUCUGCAUGGACCAGGGAGUUCAUUGACGCAACACUAUGAUGGUUUGUUUGCUGUUUGAGAAAGGUCUCAUGUCCUACUGUUUGAUUUAAAUUCUCACUUUACUUGCAGGGAGUGAAAUGGAGGACUAGGAUGUUGACAUUGUUUAUAACGAGCAACCUAAAUCCCGCAUCUCUCCUGUCAGGACACACAAGGAUGAGGCAGUGGGGAACUCCACUCCUGAUACAGGGGCCUCAAUGCAGAUUGAAUCUUGAAGGCUCGAGAGAGAAGUUCUAAUCAGAAUAAGAAGCGAGACCCAGAGAAAAUGAGACGAGAGAGGGAAGAAGUCGAAUUGCAAAAGAAGAAAGAAAAAGCACGGUUACAAGCAGAAGCCAAGGAAGCGGGGAAGAAGCUAGAAGAAAAGCUGAGGCGGGAGCUGCAGCUGAAGCAUCAAGUGAGGCAAAGAGGAAACUGGAACUUGAAAGAGAAGCAGCCCGCAAAGCUUUGCUUGGGGUAAAGAAGAAGAAGCUAGCUAUGAAUGUUGGGUGUUGUGAAAGACGGAAUGAAAUAUUAAUGGGUGAACAACAAACAGAUGGAGAAGUCGGUAGAAAUAAACGAGAACUCAAGGUUUUUCAAGGACUUGGAACUGCUGAAAACAACAACAAGGGAGCAAAUGAGAAUAACAAGAGAAGAGGAUGGGUUGGGUGUUUUGGGGGUUUGGAGGCAGCAAUCCUCUAGAGCAGCUGGGGCUGUUUAUAAAACACGAGGAUGAGGAUGAAGAAGAAACUGAUACGCUGGUUGCUUUGCCAGAUCUCAUCUUGGCACAAAUGAAGAAGUGGAGGAAGGUGAAAUCGAUUGAUUCGGUUGUUGUGUCUUAGUAUGGUGGGUUUGUUAACAUAUUAUGAUAUUUUGGUAGGUAUCAAAUCUGAGUCUAGAUUAACUGUAUGAUGAACCAAACCGGAAGAAAGAGCAUAAUCAUCUGAAUCUGAGUUUGUGUA